CAGGUGGCCCAGUUGGGGAAGGCACCUGGUGUGCCAGGGAGGCCAGAGGAGGCCAAACCAAGGAGGCUUGGCUGCCUGUUUCCCGACAGAUGACCCUAGGACUGCAGGCUCCUAGCCAAGGUGUCUCAGUGAAGAUACCAUCCCGGGCUGGCCCCUCCCUGGGUCCCUGGUGACACAGGCCUGGUGCACUUGGCCUCUCAGGUACCUGGAGGCAGGUGGCAGAGGCCUCCGGGCCGGGAUCUGUGCAGACCGGCCCUACCUUUUGCUGUUUACUAGUUGGUAGUAGUGACAGUGGCCAGGGAGGGACUGGGGCACAGAAUGGAGAGGGUGCCAAGGCCCUAGGAGGCCUCAUCCUGGACAAAGGGGCUUGGAACAUUGGCCCUGGAAUCAGCUGUGUGUGGCUGGGCCCAGGCAGCCCCAUCACUCUGGCCCUCAGGUUUUGUGCCUCUUGCCCUGGCAGCUUUAGGCUUUGCUGUCCCCGUGAGCACAUCGCCAUGUCCGAGGCACCCCGGGCAGAGACUUUCGUCUUCCUGGAUCUGGAAGCCACCGGGCUCCCCAGUGUCAAUCCUGAGGUGGCCGAGAUAUCCCUGUUUGCAGUGCACCGCUCCGCCCUGGAGAACCCGGACCGAGAUGAGGCCGGUGCCCCUGUGCUGCCCCGGGUCCUGGACAAGCUCACGCUGUGCAUGAGUCCGGAGCGCCCUUUCACGGCCAAGGCCAGCGAGAUCACCGGCCUGAGCAGUGCCAGCCUGGCCCGGUGCCGGAAGGCUGGCUUCGACGCCGCUGUGGUGCGGACGCUGCAGGCCUUCCUGAGCCGCCAGGAGGGCCCCCUCUGUCUCGUGGCCCACAACGGCUUUGAUUAUGACUUCCCGCUGCUGUGCACGGAACUGCGGCGCCUGGGCGCCCGCCUGCCCGUGGACACCGUCUGCCUGGACACGCUGCCCGCGCUGCGGAGCCUGGACCGCGCCCACAGCCACGGCACCAGGGCCCAGGGCUGCAAGGGUUACAGCCUGGGCAGCCUCUUCCGCCGCUACUUCCAGGCGGAGCCCAGCGCAGCCCACUCGGCCGAGGGCGAUGUCCACACGCUGCUCCUGGUCUUUCUGCACCGGGCUGCCGAGCUGCUUGGCUGGGCCGACGAGCAGGCCCGAAGCUGGGCCCACAUUGAGCCCAUGUAUGUGCCACCUGAUGGCCCGAGCCUCGAAGCCUGAGUGCCAGGGGCUCGGCGAUUCCACCCCCCAGCGGGGAUGAGGCCCACUCCCAGCGCCGUGGGCAGCACCGGCUCUGACCGUUCUGUCGGGCUCUGAGGCCCGGAGCUAGCCCCAGACCAGUGCCCCGCUGUCCCUCCCUGUCCUCUUAGCCCGCUAGCCCUGGAUGUGUGUAGGGCCUGCUCCUGGCCCUGGCCUGUGUAGCCCUGUGGCCUGAGAGCUUUCUCCCGGCCCCCCAGACUGUGCUCUAGUGGUUUGCCGCUGCAGGCUCCCGCCCUUCACCUGGUCUCAAUAAACAUCAACAACCA